UCCAUACAUUCCUUAAUUUGCCUAAUUUACACAUAUAUUAUUAUGGUUAGAAAAUCAUGAAUCAUAGGAAUUUUUCACGGCUUUUCGAGCUAGCUACCCGCGUUUUUCUACCCGCGCUUUAAACCCGCGCUUUUCUAUCGGCGCUUUCUAUCCACACUCGAAAUUCAUGCUAAAAUUGGCACUUAGCUCUAUAAUGGUCCCCAAUAUACAUACAUAAAACAAAAUUGAUGAAUAUUCGAGGAUAAUUUCGAAAAAUCUUUCAUAUUGACAUAAUCCUCUUCCUGCUAUCAACUGUCUAGGCAUGACAUUUAAGUCUGAUAUUCUGGAAUAGAUUGAAGGAUGUCGGAAAAGACGAAAAAGAUGAACAAGUCUCGGAGAAAUACCAGAGAAAAAACUUACGAUUGGGUGACGUCGAUUCCUGAACCGACGAACCCGAAAAAUAUAUAUUUUCCGGAAUGGGUUGAUGAUGAAAUCAAUUUAAUGUCGUCUAGUGCUUUGUCCCACAUAGGAAAACACAAGGAAAAAUUAGAGAAAACUGACAAAAAUGAAAAAAACGAAGAUUUCUGGAGGCGUUUCGAGGAUCCACAAGUUUUAUUUCUUCCGUUUUGCCUACAAGAUUUAGAGCAAGCCUGGAAAAGGCCCCCUGAUAUAUUUCCCGAUUACCAGUUCGUGAUCUACACAGACGAAUAUGACUACUCGGACCUUCUCAGUGGCAGCGCCCACCUUGUUAAUAGUUCCUUCAUGCGGAGCUUUAUAUCGAGCAUCCAUAACCUGGAAUACCUCGCUCACACCACCAAUUUCGCUCAGGAAGCCACUACCCCCAAGUACAUAGCUAACACAAGUGGUCAUUGGAAACCUUGGCACCACGUCUACGGAGGAAGCAAAGUGGGUGCUGGCACCGUACACAGCCCUCAGGUCAAUUCCAUAGGAAAAUAUUUCGUCCGUUUAUUUUGGAUGGGCGCCUGGAGAAAGGUAGUUAUAGACGAUUAUCUGCCUGUGGACGCCACUGGACACGUUUUACUUCCAUCCCUUCGAAUACCGAAAAAGCCCAUUUCCAAUACUUUGAUUGCUGGAUCAUCUUUUAGCGAAGCAAAAGAAAAACAAUUAACGCAUAAAACAGAGAAGGAGGUUCUUAAGCCGACUGUGGUACUUUGGCCCUUUCUACUAUCGAAAGCACUGUUGAAAGUGGCCAACUUGACCAUGAAGAAAGACGAGGAACUUCUGGAUUUUAACAUCGUCCAUUGCUUAACCGGGUGGGUUUUACAAAAGUUGGAACUCGAGGGAUUACCAUCAGAGGACGUCUGGGAAAUUUGCAAGACCCACACAAAAUUGUACUCUUGGACUGAACCGGAAGUGACGAAACAGCCUUCCAGCCUAGUGAAAGAAAAAAAAGACAAGAAGAAGGCAUCGAAGGUGUUAGUACCAACAUCAGAGACCACUGAAACGUCUCAUUACUUGAUGGCCCUCUGCAAAGAUAUGAGGUCUCUGAAGCAGAGCGCUGUUAACGGCGUGUCUCCUUGCUGGGGACAUGAAAUAGUCAUCGACGAGUGCAGGGAUAUACCGUUGGAGCGGCCUGCACCUGAUCCCGAAUACCCAUUAUGGAAGAAAUUCCGUUGGAUGGAAUGGGCAAAGUCGAAAGGAUUGAUCACCGAUCCCGUGCCUAUGGAUACCACGAGAUAUCUAAGAUGCGUGUCAUCAUUCAGAAAAUUCACCAAACAUAUCGUCUAUAAGGAAUCGUCUCCAGAUGAUAAAGUUUCAACGCAAUUUCCCCUGCGUAAAAGCUUAGCGGUAUUACAAAAACAGCCACACGAAGAACGACACGGCGAAGAUAGAGCAGUAACGGAGUUACAUAGGCCGGACAAGUUUAGAGAGAAUAAUUUUUUUACAGAGCCAGAUGCUAAAAAUUUAUGGAUACGUUUCGACGACCUAUGUUCGCAACUAAUCAGCAUCAACGUCUUCUAG